AUGAAAUCUCUAAAUUUUGAUUACCGUCGACGACCAGAGUGUAGUUGUUUAAGACCAGAAUUAUCGCAUUUGUCUUCCCAUUGGAUAACAAAUGAACAACAACCAGCUUUCUGUAGUCAUUAUAGUUCACAACGAGGACCUCAUCAACGUAUCAUUUCAAUCAGUCUCUUUGGACCAAAAGAGGUUAAAAAGUUUGAAAUCCAUAGAACACUAAAUUAUCUUAAACUUCUUAUAAAUGAUCUUGAUAUAAUGUAUUCCGAUGGAUUUAUAUUACGUAUUUAUCAUGAUAAUACAAUAAAUGCAACAGAUACUAUCUGUCCAAUUGAAUGUGAGCAUUCAAAUGUAGAUUUUUGUAAUAUGGAGAACAAAACGUUUAUACCACCAAAAAUCUGGCGUUUUAUACCAGCUGGUGAUCCAUUAGUUGAUAUUAUCUUAAGUCGUGAUCUUGAUUCAGCGUUAACAAAACGAGAACGUGAAGCUGUUGAUACGUGGCUCGCUACAAAUAAAUCCUUUCAUGCUAUGCGUGAUCAUCCUAAACAUAAGCUUCGUAUGCUCGGUGGUAUGUGGGGUUUUCGGCCAUCGUUAAAUCGACGUUUAUCUCGUUUCAUACUCGAUAAAAUUCAUAAUCGAGACUUAAUCAAACGCUAUACUGGUCGUGCUGAUCAAGGCUUUCUUGCUUCUCAUAUUUGGCCAUUUGCAAAAUCAAGUCUGCUUGUUCAUGAUAGCUUUUCUUGUGAAAAUAACUUCGGACAUCCAACAGAGCCAUUUCCAACACAAAGACCAUCAGCUAAUGAAACGAAUUGUUAUGUAGGUUGUGCAAGACCAUGUUGUGGUCAUGGGAAAAUGCCAUUUGCUGAAUGUCCAAAACAAUGUCGACCACCAGAUCAUCCAGAAUGGAUUUAUUGUUAG